AGUCGAAGUUACGUAUAGAAAAAAACGGAGGGAACGGAGGAGUAUUAUUCUAUUCCACUUUAGAUUGCAAUCAAUUAAACCAACGCCUAACGCCGAGGCAAGAGGACAAGUUAUCGCGAUCGGCGAUGGAGAGUCCGACGGAGAGUAGUGAAGACAAUAGAGAUCUUAUUUACCACUGCGGUGAAACGCUGAAGCAAUUCUUACCCAUUUAUCUGUCAAGAAUUCGGAAGCAUUACGAGCCGUCCGCUCCUCGUCGAGGCUUCCCGAAAUUGUCGCCCCUGGAUUUUCAUCGGAAAUCGGAAAUGGCGUCCUAUAGUGACAGAGCGCUGGGUUCUGCAAUUAGGAAUAUCUCGCCUUCUGUGGUUGCCGUUUCCUACUUCUAUGGGGUACAGAGGAAGGUCGAUUGCUCGGGCUUUAUUAUCCGCUGGGAUGAUUUUACACAAGUAGCUACAGUUCUUACCUCUGCGAAAUUAAUGAGGUCUCCUUUGGGACGCGACGAUUACUAUAUUAUUGUUCGACUCGCGAAUGGGAAAUUGCUUGAGGCUGUGGAAGACUAUGUGGAUUAUUACCACAACAUAGCGACUUUUAAAGUAAAGUCGGAUGCCAAAUUGAAACCUGUUGAUCUUUGUUGUGUGGAGACUUCAGAUGGAGAUGAAGUUUUUGCUCUAAGGAGAGAUUUCCACAACUGUAAGUUGUCAGAGACUGGCGGAUCAAUUCAUCACGAUCAUCCUUAUUUUGGAUGUGAGCAACUUCUCAGUUCUACUUGUAGGAGUAGCCAGGUUGGUGAGGGAGGACCGCUCAUCAAUAAAAUGGGUAUUGUUUGUGGCAUCAACUUUUUUGAUGGCCAUCGAUGUGUUCAUCCUCUACCGACAUCAGUGAUUGAUUUAUGCCUGAGGAAUUGGGAGUCAUAUGGUAUUGUCAUGCGACCUUGGCUUGGGUUUACUGUGAUGGACAUUGCUACUCUCCCUCCUGAUACAUAUGAAUUAAUGCCUGAAUCCUCCGUUGAUAGUACAGUUGUUGUGAAAGAGGUAUAUGAAGGAUCACCUGCUGACAAAAUUGAAGUGUGUCCUGGUGACUCAAUCACUGCUGUGAACGGAAGUCGAUUAUCUGGUGGCCUUCGCGUGUACGCCGAAGAACUAAAUGCUGCAUCCAACGUGUUGAGUACUUUGAGUGCUUGUGGGCACACUAAUUUUAUGCAGGUUUAUGUAAAAGUAAAUGAUGGUCGUAAAUUAGUGGUUGCCGACAAUCUUAAUGUCAAUGACAAAAAGUUCUGUAGCAGUUGGCUGGGAGAUGAUUCUGAUUGGACCAUGGAGCCUCUGAUUGGGUCCCAAACCCGUGCUGCUGUUGAUAUUGCAAGCUGGUAAUUGAUAUCUACUUGCGUGGACAAUGUCUGUUGAUGGAAGUGUGUUGAGAUGGCUGGUAACGUUUGUUUAAUCACCAUCGUCUGUAGUAAUAUAAAUAUGAAAUCGACUUGGUGAAAUUAUAUCUAUGUGAUACUUAGCUCAUUUCACGAACUGGUGUAGGUGGAAGCUGUCAAUUUGUCAGACUUUUAUUUCCUACAUUUUAAAUAGAUUGCAUUUUAUAUCUA